AUGAGGAAAAUCGGGGUGAAGAGUGAAAAACAGAAACAAAAAGCUAGAAAAGGAAACCAGGAACUGCUACGGGCUGAAAGGAGGAAGCAAAAGGAAGACAAGAAGUUGCGGGGGGAAGGAGAACUGAGGAAGGAAGCUACAGGUAGAAGAGCAAGGAAGAAACUAGGAGGGUUUUCAGGAAUCAACUUCUGCUCGUUUUCUUUGGACUCAACCUUGCCCAAGAAUCAUCAUCAGGUGAUGGCAGACACUGACGCUUCUGGGGGUGCGGGGCCGUCUCAGCCCGUACCUACUGACGUACCUACUGAUGUACCCACUGAUGUGCCUACUGACGUACCUACCGAUGCUCCCGUGGUCGAGCCAUAUCUAGAGGGACCCGACUUGGCUGAGGAAGGUCAAGCGCCUGUAGUCCCUGAGGUUCCUGGUACUCCUGAGGAGGAUCCGGAUGAGGAUCCUGAGGAGGACCCAGAGGAGGAGCUGAGUGCAUCCUCGGAGUCGGUUGGGUCGGCGUCUAGCCAGACCACUUGUUAG